UUAACGAUGGCUAUUUCUGCUAAAAUCAGUUUUACCGUGCGGAGUAUUUUGGAUUUGCCGGAGCAUGACGGUGACUCGCCCCCUCAUCACUCUCCGGGGCACUCCUGCUCCAGUUCCACCUACUCUUCCUGGAUGGAGAGCGACAGAAGCCACUGCCUGUCAUCUGACGAGAGCAGUCCUGAGACAUUACCAGAUUCGACCAAGAAUGCGGAUCCAUCCUCUGAUGUUGAGGUUGAGGAGAAGAAGAAGAAGCGUCGUGUGUUGUUUUCCAAGGCCCAGACCUUUGAGCUUGAGCGGCGCUUUCGGCAGCAACGUUACUUGUCAGCCCCAGAGCGAGAGCACCUCGCGCACCUCCUCAGCCUCACACCGACGCAAGUGAAGAUCUGGUUUCAGAACCACAGAUACAAAAUGAAGAGAGCCCGGACGGAGGGAUCACAAGACAUCAAUCAGCCCCCCAUGGUGCGUAGAGUCGUGGUGCCUAUUUUGGUUCGGGAUGGCAAACCCUAUACCUGUGUCAUCGACCCAGAUAAAGCAGGUUGCGGCAUCCCGUUAGCAUCGUCCGCAGCAUCCACAGCAUCCUUUAACCACAACGGGUACCAGUCCUUUCAGCAUACAUCGCCGCUUGCACUUUUCCCCAGAUACCAGCACUUAACAAGCCCGGUGGCCUCCAGGCACCAUUGGGCUUGGUGA